AUGACUCAGGCCGUCCAAAUGCAACACGCAUCUGAUAACAUCAACUCCAUGUUCUCUAACUCUGGGAGGGUGGACAACAUGGCCAGCGAGACCCAUAUCGAACCUUACCAGUCGCUAGAUCCCUCUCGUGCUUCACUGGAGGACUACAACCGGUCCAUGCUACAAUACACCCAACGCCAGAUGUCUUCCUUCGUUGACACUGAUGGUUCUCGUCGCGGGAGUGAAAGCAGCGGACAGAGUCGCUUGAGCAUGACCUCCAGCGGUGGUGUCUCCCGACAGGCCAAUGGAUCUUCGACAUCUGUCAAUGCUGGCGAGACCAAGAUGAGUGGUCGGGACAUAACUGCAGCCAAUUCUGGAUAUUAG